AAUUUCUAAGCCAAUCUUCAAAAUGGCUUCCGUAGAAUUGUUGCACAUUAUAACAACUUUAAUGUGUUUAGUUCCCUUUUCUUUGUCCACAGAAGCCGGUGAACGUCAUGUUAAAUUUCAAUAUAAACAUAGUUUUAAAGGACCGCAUCUAGUUAAUAAAGAAGGAAACAUUCCUUUUUGGACUCAUGGUGGAAGUAAGUGGUCUUUUUUUGUUGGUAAUUUUUUUGUCUACACGUGUACAGCUGUACAUGGUCGCCUUGGCUUUUUUCAUGUGAUCUUACUUUAAACUCCUUUUAGGUGCCAUACCUAGUGAUGAUCAAAUUAGACUGACUCCUUCAAUGACGAAUAAAAAAGGUUAGUUUGAAAGAACAAUUUAUAUUUUAUGAACAAUCUAUCGAAAUUUAAAACUUAUCGACUACUAUAAUUACAUUGUUGUUCAAAAAUUGAAGCUUGAAUUACUACAUACAAAAUUUGUCACAUAUGCUAUUACCACAGCUACUUUCGAGUUUAUUUCUGUAGGGUUAGCGUACCGUGUCCGGUUUGAUUUCAUGUUUUUAUUAUGUUUAUUGUGCCAUUAAAACAUUUCUAUUGGUAUAAACAAAGGUAGACCAUGGCUUCCUCUCAUUGUUAAGCGAAAGUAAAAUAUAUUAAAUAUUUUUUUUGUCUAGGACAAAUGUUAAAGGUAGCAGCUUAAACAAAAUUUUGCAUUUAAGGAAUAGUGAAAUCAAAAUACUUUGAGGUUUCAUUUUUGUGGCUCUUUUUUUAUCCUUUUAUUCAAUUUUUUCCCUUUGCUAUAAAAUCACUAUCAUAUUUCAAUAUAGCUGAAUUUCAGUGGUCUCCUCGAGUCUGAAAUUCAGGCUAAUUUCGUUAAACUAAAACGCAAGGGAAAGAAUAUAGAGCUGAAUGAGCCACAAUAUAAUACACUGAACUGCAUGAGUGACCAUAAACAGAUCAGAGUGCAAAGAAAGUACUGUCCGAUAGCCUGGGGCUAGAGGGAUUUGCUAUCGGGCUAGUGACUUUUGUUCUUAGCUUGCCCGAUGGGCAAUUGAAGUUUUUUGAGAAUUCAAAUUACAGAAGGACUGUGUAUUCAAACCUGCUCAUCAAAAAGCUUUUACGGCUAGUUUUAUGGUGAUGUUUGGGCUAGUACAUGCUACAACCCUGGUCAAAACUCUUGGGACACUAACGCAAUAGCUUGUCAAAUUUAGGCAUCUCCCCUCCCACCUUCCCCCUCGGUGCAGUGUUGAUGUUAUGUAUUCAAGUUUUAAUUCAACACAAUCAACACUGCUUGGGGGAGAGGGGGACAGCAGAAAUAGCCCCUUAUUGCAACAUCAUCCCCAAGCUUUCUUAAGAGGUAGAAUAUAGGUUAAUUUAGCAAAGUGCGUCUUUGUGCCUAAUUUCCUUAAGUGUCCCAAGAUGUUUUGACCAGGGUUGUAGCUACAGCUAGCCCAAAUAGCAAGCUGCAAAAUGGCCUUUCUUUGCACCCUGGAGGUAGUCUGUAUUAAUGUAGGUCACUAAUAUUAUCACUAUUCCCAGGCUUGAAAAUUGUCUGUAUGAUGGGAUUCCACUCUAGCUCAACUGCCAUUUGACAAUUUAGAUAUCAAAUAUGAUAUUAGAAAUGAAUAAUUAUUGUGAAACAUCCAAUUAUUGGAGGGUGUACAUGUCCAGUACCUUAUAUACUGCCAUCCUACCUAUGAUAAAGCUGCUGGCACCACCAGGCAUGACACUGUUCUGAUAAAAGAUCAGAUGUCACUGAAACAUUUGCUAUUCCAUUUAUUGCUACCUGCAUGUUUGAAAAUUUGACUUGAGUUCAAAUUCACAGGAAUACUAAUGAUAUAAAACCUGUGGUGGUUUUUGUUGCCUGCAUGCAUGUUUUCUUAGGUGGGUUAGUAAUAAAUUUGAUCACCCCCUUGUUAGCUCAGUUAGGAGAGCGCCAGUCUGCUGAGCGGGAGGUCAUGGGUUCAAACCCCGGCCGGACCAACACUCAGGGUCUUUAAAUAACUGAGAAGAAAGUGCUACCUUUGUAAUGACAUCUGCAAAUGGUUAGACGUUCUAUUCUUCUCGUAUAGGGACGAAAAACUGUAGGUCCUGUCUCAUAGAAUUUUUACUUACCUGGUUCUUGUGGACGUAAAAGAAGUUACCCACACAACUGUUUGAAAAGAGUAGGGGAUUUAGACCCUGGUGGUGUGGCCAACCUUUCCUGGGGUGGGUGGGUUUAUCUGUUAGGAGAGAUCUGAAUAUAGAGAUAACGUCAUGAUCCUCCUUCAAGUGUCGUAAUGGCUACCUGUAAACAGUGUAUGUACGAAAAUUUAUCUCGGGUGGAUAUAAGAACAUACGACACUAUCACACACUGUCAGUUAUUUUCAUAUGAUAUGUGAAUAUUUGUGACAAUUAAGGGGACCUAUUAUCUAUUUACCCAACAUUUAUUUUGAACCUUUUUUCCAUCUUGGCUAGGUUAUGUUUGGACAAAAAAUAGCUUUCCUCAUGAAUGGUGGGAGAUAGAAGUUGCUAUCAAAGUUACUGGCAUAGGAAGACUAGGUGGAGAUGGAGUGGUAAGAAAAUCACUGCACAUACGUAGUAUGUUUUGAUGAUUUUGAUUGCAGCAUUUUGACUAUUUACUGCUGAUCUUCUUCUGCUGAUGGCAUAGAGAAGCUUUAGCCCUUUAAGCCCUAAGAGUGAUCAGCAUCUAAUUUCUCCUUGUAAUAUCAAUGCUUUGUAAAACAGAGUGGUCAUGAGAAUUACAUACAUGAUCACUCAAGAUGAAUUUGCUUGAUAUUUUAUUAACUUCUCCCCACUACUUCUGUAGGAAAUGAAUAGGGGCAACAAAUGAGAAUUCAUAUUUUGAUCUUAGGGUUCAAAGGGUUAAGAAAUACUAUAACAUAGGGGUGUCCCUGAGGGCUGUGGAUUAGGGAUUUUUCCCGGCUACUAUAAGCUUGUCUCCUGGCUGCUUUGUAAGAAACAAGGCGAAAAUUGAACUACAAGGACUUUCUAACUGUUCAAUGCCCUGUCUGCUAAUUGCAUAUGUACCCAGGAACUUGAAAUCUUACUGUUAGCCCUGGUAGCACCAUGGUCAUUUGUGAUCAGACCACUUGGGUAACAAAUUUAAGUUUGUACAAUGUGGACAAAGUCUUCCAAGUCAUUGCUAUCGGUAGCAACAGCCAAAAGGCACUAAUAACCGACAGCAAUGUCUAGGUGCUACUUGUAAUGCCACAUCCCACAUUCUUGUGAACAAAGGCACAGACUCAGGGCUUGAGUUGACAAAAGACAGCUGUGAUUUGUAUGAAAAAAAUGAGCUUUAGAAGCCUGUUCCAUUCACUCCUGCUGAAACCCCUCUCCUUCUCUCCUCCUUAAUAUAAGCGCUAUGGACCUUUCACUUGUCCCUUUUCAUUGAAACAUAUUUAAAAUUAUUUUAAGUAUUUCAUGUGAAACAAUUUUAGUAGUACUGUCAACUCUGUCUCAAAGGACACCCUUAAGAUCGAGAUGAACACCUCAAACAGACAGAUUUAAGUGGUCCCUGCUGUUUUUUGAUUAUAUUGUUUGACUCUCCGUAGGGUGGGACACCACUUUGAGACAAACAGUUAUGGCCUUUUCCAAUGGUGUCUGUCUCAAAUCUCAAUGAAGUUUUAUCCUUUAAAUUAAUGCAUUCAUUGGAUGUUGUUUAUUUGCUUUCUUUCUUUUUUUUUCAGGCCAUGUGGUACACAGAAACAGCUGGUAUUGAAGGCCCUGCAUUUGGAAAUGUAAACACUUGGAAGGGUCUUGGUAUUUUUUGCGACUCAUUUGAUAAUGAUCAACAGGUAUGGUGAUGGAAGUAACUGGCAAAUUUUGCUGGCAGCCAGCUCUUUUAUAUUAAACUAUCCCUGAUUUGUGGAUUAAUAAUAGAUAGAUAUUAAGUUUGUCUUUUUUUUGCAUUUUUGUUGUGUUGUUGAUAUUGUAACAAUAAAAAUAAUAUUAUUAUUUUCCAGGGAAACAACCCUUUCAUAUCUGUAAUGAUGAAUGAUGGAACUAAAAUCUAUGACCACAAUAAGUAUGUUCAAAGUAAUAAGUUGUUAUUAACUUUUUUCUCAUUGCUCUUAGUUGCUGUCAACAAUUUUAUUACUAAUUGUGCUUAAACUGAAAAGUCACCAAGAAAACUAAAUUUCUUUUCGCAAAAUCAUAAGAAAUAAAUGGUGCAAUGCUUAAGGUAUGCUAAAGAGGUUUCAUUUGACUGGUAAUGCCGAAUGAUUUUGUCUAGAGCAUAAAAGUCUUACCAGUCUACUUGUAUGAGUGGUACGGUUUAAUUACUGAGCAGACCUCACAUUCCUGCUCCCAUAUAUUCUCUGUUUCCGACAGUACAAAGUCCUGUGAAAUAAAAAUAGACGAGAAAAUGCCUGUCCAGCAGGUCCUUGCAACGCUUCAAGGGGGAAAGAACUAACAGAAGUAAAUGGAGGAGAAUGGCACAAAAAAACGAAAAGAAAAGUUUUGUGGUUUUUCUGGAGGGAAAGAUUUGGUAAUAUUGGGAUUGAUUCAUUGCAUUGGAAACCUUGUGAUCUUUCUAUGCCUUUUGGCAUAUCUGAAUGUUUUAGUAUAUGCAUCAAUAUGAAUAAAAAAGGUGCCUGUUGACAAAGUAAGCUGAGAAUUAGCACAUUAACUUGAACAUUGAUAUAGUACAAUUCUUGUGUUUUAGGGAUGGACAAGAUCUUCAGCUUGGUGGCUGUUUAAGAGAUUUCCGUAAUCGUCCCAAUCCAGUUAGACUGAAAAUUCGCUAUUAUGAAAAAGUUCUAACGGUUAGUGUCAGGUUGUUUAUGUUGUGGUAAAAUUUUAUCAUUGGUUUAAACUUUACUUUCAAACUCCUUAUCAUACAUUACCAUAUCCAAGAACAAGGCAAAUAUAAUUCAAACCAAGGAAAAUAUUAUUAAACAAUAAUGUUACAUAAAAAUAAUUGUAGCUGACAUAUGUAGUGGUUCUCACAGGUUGGAUACUGAGGAAUUGGCUGUAAUUUAGUUUAAAAAUGUAAACAAUUUAAUUAAUUAAUGCUGUCUCACAUCAGACUCCAAAACCACACCAGUCACUGCUUAAGCAAUGAUGUGAAUCUUGCUGACCAAGGCUGUUGUUUUUUUUAUCUCUUUUGUUUAGCUAUGGGUGCAUAUGGGUAUGAGUACCAAGCCUGAAGACUUUGAGCUCUGUGCACGACUUGAGAACAUCAAUCUGGCAAAAGGAGGUUAUUUUGGUUUAUCCGCAGCCACAGGAGGAUUAGCAGGUCACUAAACUUGACAUCCAAGUCUUUUGGGAUAUUUUAAUGUGACUUUUUUCAGAGAGGAAAAUGCAUGUGAGAGUGAUCUCUUAAUCAGGGUUCUUCAGAAAAUUUAGUAGAGUGGAUUGAAAGGCACAUUGUGCUUUUCAAGCAGUGCAAUGUGGACAUACCGUAUUUCCUUGAAUAAGCACUAAUAAGCUCUAGUAAGUACCCUCCCCCAAAUAAGCACUUACCCUCUAGGCCUUAAUAUCAAACAAGUGCCCUCCCUCUAAUAAGCGCCCCUCUCACCUCCCCAUCACCCUCUUAGAGAGUAGGGAUACAAGAGGAAUGUGAUGAUCUGCAAAUCAUCGAUUCGCGAGGAUGAUUAAGCACCCUCCCUCCAAUAAGCUCCCCUCGCUAUACCCAAAAUUUUAAAUAGGUGCCUAGGCACUUAUACAAGGAAAUAUGGUAAGUAAUGGGAGUGGGUGUGCUCCCACUUUGGGAGUCUGGGGACUUCCUGACUUCCCCGGUAAAAUUUUUAUGUUGGGGGCUCUUAAAAGUGCAUUCCAUUAUCAAACAAAAGUGCUGAUGCAGGACUCAAAAAAAGUCCAAUCCAUAGAAAGUAGAAAGUAGAUUUCUAGAUUUUUCAUUCAGGGCAAGUAUAAAUGUUUAAACUUUACUUGCUAAUUGCCCAAUGGGUAAGGGUCCAGUCAUCUUCUAACAGAAUUGUUAACUAUAAAGACAAGCAAGAAUUGGCCCCAGGCAAGAAUAAUGUGAGAGCUGCUUACCCAAAGGACAGGCUUGAAUUCAAGUUUCUUUAAGCUAUGUAGAAACAAAUAUCUUGAGUUAGUAGCUGGCGCUUCUGUGUUGACUUUAAAGCUGCAUGGUUGCAGGAGCAUCCCGGGAAAUUCUGCUCAAUACCCUGUUCUUUCUGCCUUCUCUUUUUACUUGAGAAUCGAAUGUACAAGUGGAUAUAUACUACUUUUGGAGAAUAUAUUAAUGUACAGUACUGGGUGGUAAUUCCCUCAUGUCAAGUUUUGCAAUUUUUAAAUGUGUAGUAUUAAUUGUUUGCAGAUGACCAUGAUGUAGUGUCUUUUAUAACCCACUCACUUACUCCACCAAAGAAGGAGCGAGAGGUAAUCACUGUUGUAUUUAUAAUGUCUCAGUGAUAGACAGGUAGGUAGGUACAUGUAGGUAGGUAGGUAGGUAAAGGAGUUGCUAUAGGUAGGUAUGUAGGGUAGGUAGGUGGAAACAGAGGUUUUGUAGGGAGGGAGGAAGGGAGGUAGGUAGGUAUAUAGGUAGGUAGGUAAGGCGUCGCUAGGUAGGUACUCGAGGUAGGUAGGUAAGGAGUAAUCGGUUGUCAGGUAGGUACACAGAGUCAUUAUUUAGUGAAGUUAGUACAUAACAAAGUCUAACACUAAUAAACUUCCUGCCUUGAUUAUAAGUUGCAUCUGAAUUAAAUACCUGCCUUUUUUCUUUUUUCCAGGGUGAAACCGGUAUGAGUGAAGAAGAGCAGAAGAAGCUUACUCAGCAAUAUGAGGAAUAUCAAAAAAAAUUAGAGCAACAGAGAGAAGAGUAAGUAAACAUAAAAAACAGUCCUCACUGCUUAAAAAAAUUGGGGCCAUAAGAGGUCAUUAUCUCAAGCAAUAACUAUUUACAUUUUAGUAAAAUCCAUCUAGAGGUCUAUUAUCAAUGCUGCAUUCUGAUUGGUUGAGCUUUUACUAGACUAUAUGUUAUAGCCCACUAGUAGAAAAAAGCACUGGUUUUGAAAACCAAUACAAUAACGCCUGAAUCGCGGUCUGCUAGUUUAAGUUGCUUUCUCUCGAUAUUUUUGACCAACUAGUUGGAUUUUACUAAAACAAUAUUUCAUGGCCUCUGAGUCAAUAGCCCAUUUGGCCUUCGACCUCAUGGACUUUUGACUCACAGCCCAAGUGUUUUAUGUCUCUGAGGAGUGUUCAAACAUAGUGCUUUUGCAUGACUUCAUAGCUUUUUGUUUGGAUUCAUCAUUUCCCGCUCGGUUAAGCAUUAGUUAGAAGAGAAUUUGUUUUACCUUUAUGUUUUUUGGUGACCUAGGGGUUGUCAUGGGACAUGUCAUANUUAAAUACCUGCCUUUUUUCUUUUUUCCAGGGUGAAACCGGUAUGAGUGAAGAAGAGCAGAAGAAGCUUACUCAGCAAUAUGAGGAAUAUCAAAAAAAAUUAGAGCAACAGAGAGAAGAGUAAGUAAACAUAAAAAACAGUCCUCACUGCUUAAAAAAAUUGGGGCCAUAAGAGGUCAUUAUCUCAAGCAAUAACUAUUUACAUUUUAGUAAAAUCCAUCUAGAGGUCUAUUAUCAAUGCUGCAUUCUGAUUGGUUGAGCUUUUACUAGACUAUAUGUUAUAGCCCACUAGUAGAAAAAAGCACUGGUUUUGAAAACCAAUACAAUAACGCCUGAAUCGCGGUCUGCUAGUUUAAGUUGCUUUCUCUCGAUAUUUUUGACCAACUAGUUGGAUUUUACUAAAACAAUAUUUCAUGGCCUCUGAGUCAAUAGCCCAUUUGGCCUUCGACCUCAUGGACUUUUGACUCACAGCCCAAGUGUUUUAUGUCUCUGAGGAGUGUUCAAACAUAGUGCUUUUGCAUGACUUCAUAGCUUUUUGUUUGGAUUCAUCAUUUCCCGCUCGGUUAAGCAUUAGUUAGAAGAGAAUUUGUUUUACCUUUAUGUUUUUUGGUGACCUAGGGGUUGUCAUGGGACAUGUCAUACUGAGUUGUGCCAUCGCUUUCUCAUAUUAUACUAGCACCAGAUGGGUCAAAAGCCUUAAAUUCAGUGAUUCUGGGUCAUGUCUAAUACUGGCAAGGUGUGGCUUUGUUGCAGUAAAGCACAAAGAAACAGUGGCAAAACUGUCAAUUUUCACAGUCCCUUGGGAAGAAAUAACGUCAUGCAUGAUUCAAAAUGAUGACUCUCAUUUGUAGCACUAUUUUGUUUAUCUCAAAGGAAGAAUGUCAAUGAGAAAGAAUGGACUCUCAAGGUGUUAAGGGAACAAUUAGUAAAAAGAAAGAUAUUCAUUUUGAUCAUUUGCAUCUGACCUUGUCCUUCAAUUCAUCAACAUACUCAGCAAAUUUUUCUGUUUCCUUAAAUAUAUGUCUUAAUCGUUUCGAUUUUUGAGUCUUAAAUCAUUGUUAAAUGUUGUUACAGGUACAAAACUGCCCAUCCUGAUAGAGUAAAGGCACCAGAAACACAGGUAAUUUAACAACAAACUUAAAGCAAAUAUUAAAAAAAUUUCAUCUUUUUAAAAUGCCUAAUACUAAUAUGCCAAUGAAUGGGACAAAAAGAUUACGUGGAGCAAAAUAGAGCUUUAAUUUGAAGACAAAUUCCAGCAUAACAUGGACAGAAUUAUUAAAGUUGUACCUUUUUUAAUUUGCAUCGAGGCUUCAAAAAAUCCACUUUUCCAUACAGUUUCUGGUCAUUCGAAAAGCGGAAAGUGCUAUCCGCUGAACCAGAUAAAUCACUUUUAAGCAAAUAAUGCACCGUCCACCUCAGCAAAAUUUGUGCGCAAUUUUUGGGCGACAAUCCAGUUUCAUUUCCUUGUACUUAUCCAUUGGCGAGUAAUUUUGCAAAAAUUUUAGUGACAAAUAUAUUUGCAGAAAAACUCACCUGCAAGUUUUGUGCGGAGAAUAAAUAUACUGUUGUAAGGCAUAUUUUUGUGCGUGACUCAGUGCACUAUCCUGUGAUCCUGUAAAGUUACUUAAGUUUGUGAAAGUAAGGAAGUACCAUAGCUUACUGUCGUCACCUUUGCGACGCAAUUUUGAUUUGAUAUGCAUUACUAAGAAGUUAGCAACGUCUUUUAUAUGAGAGAUAGAUUGCAAGAAUGAUAUAUUAAACAUUUUUAUAGGCUGUGCAUUUGACUCGGGCGGUUUUGUAUUGCAUUACACUGUGGAACAAUCUUGCUGUUACUUCCUCUGGUGAUCAUUUUGAGGUUGAGCCGGAAACUGUGGGCACUGUCCAUUUAGCCCAAAAUUCCGGAAAUUUCGGUAAGAAAUCAAAUGGAACGGACCAUUUGGGUUUGGUCUGACUGGAAUAUUUACGACCACCUUUGAAGGUGGUUACACUUUGACGGGCCCGGUCAUGUCGGUUGGAAAAAAUGAAUGUCCCUUUUCAUUGGACAAAAUUGUUGUCCUCAGCACUGCUCUUUUGUAUCCUGCUUACAAGAGCAAUAACUAAACAUGCGGUGGCUUGGGUCGGGUCUGUGCAAUCGGAAUGUACUGUUCCAUUGGGCACGUGGAAUUUCCGAAAUUUCUAACCGGAAUUUUUGUGAAUGGAAAGCGCCCAGGGUCAAAGUUUGGACCCCUUUGAAAUAGUCCAAGGGUGCAGUUCAAUACAAUUUGCCACUUUACAAGCCAGAAAGAAACUGGGAUUGUAAACUAGGGACAGGGAAAAAAUUGGCCAAUAGCUGACUGGCGUGCUCUUAGUAACCAUCCCAGAAACAACUGCGUGCUCCAGUGUCCUCUUUUUAAAGUGGCGAAUAAGGCUCGUUCCUUUUAGCUAGGGAGAGAAGGAAUGACAUUCACAGUGUAUGCUCUUGUUUUAGUAUGAAAAUGUUUAUGAACGAGACGUUCGUCUGGUUUAUGAAGGACAGAAUGCAAUCCACCAAAUGAUAAGGUGAGAUAUUACAAAUGAGCAUGAAAACUUGGUAAGGUUAGAUCCCAAAAUAUUGAGCAUUAAUGUGGAUACUUCCACUAGCUAUAGGGGAAAAAUAAACAAACAACCAAACAUCAAAGAGGGAAUCAAAAUGAGUCUGUAGCCGGUAAAUUAGCGGCGUAAUUGUUAACAAGAAUUGAUUUUACAUCGCCAUUGAUCAACUUUGCUGAAAGCAUUCUCCCACACGUAAAAAAAAAAGUCCGCGUGGGCUAGACUACCCCUGAGAGCCGGUGAAACAGAAAGCAUCUUAACAGUGGAUCUUUAGAAAUUGUUAAAAUCCUUUAUGCCAAUCUGGCAUGAAUGAUUGAUGGCUGAUUGUGGAAAAUUUGCUAAUAAUUGAUAAACACCCGCACCAAUCCAUGCAACAGACAACAUAAUUAUUUCCAUGUAACUGGAACUUUCUGUAUUUUUGCCGUUUAACUUCGUUUAGAAGCCAAUUCACAGGUACAUUUUAAAUAAAUGUAUAUAUGUGUGAUUUAACUAUAAUUUGGAGUUAUACCAGUCCAUGGUGAACUAAGAAAGUAGGGGGCGAACUUCUAGGGGGCUAAUUCACUUGGAGGCAAACUCACUGAUUUUCCUGUCUUUACUUUGUUGCAGCAACCUUCAUAACAAAGUUGGGGAGCUUACAACACAAAUCAACACACUAUACUCAUUUGUCACCUCAGAUCAUAACAAGUUGAGCCACGUGGUAACACAAGAUCAAACUAUAAACAGACAGGAAGUGAACACACUAAUAAACAUGCAGAACCAACUAACUGCUAAAUUACACGAGAUUAGGUAAGUACAAAUUUCAAAUUCAUCAGUGGUGACGUAGCGGCAACGCCCGAACAAGGUCACUUAAAAAAGUAAAAAGCGCUGAAACCAAAAGCACUUCUCAAUCAGAACUUAUAUUGGCAGAGCGUGACAGAAGUGUUGUCCAAUAGCCUAGGGAUACCCAAAAUUUGGUUUUAUUUUCAUAGAGCAUUUAAUUUUGGUAAAACUGCCCCUUUUAAUGGUUCGUGGAAAAAAUGUCCGCAAGAAGCUUGAAUAAUGGCCAUUCCUCUGAAUUUUGUGCUGUUUAACAUGAAGCUCGACCUCCGAAAACAUCAACAGCGGAGUCCAUUCCAUUGAGAGAUGUUGCGGAAGCACCAAUCACUGUCAUCAACGGUCAUNCUUACAACACAAAUCAACACACUAUACUCAUUUGUCACCUCAGAUCAUAACAAGUUGAGCCACGUGGUAACACAAGAUCAAACUAUAAACAGACAGGAAGUGAACACACUAAUAAACAUGCAGAACCAACUAACUGCUAAAUUACACGAGAUUAGGUAAGUACAAAUUUCAAAUUCAUCAGUGGUGACGUAGCGGCAACGCCCGAACAAGGUCACUUAAAAAAGUAAAAAGCGCUGAAACCAAAAGCACUUCUCAAUCAGAACUUAUAUUGGCAGAGCGUGACAGAAGUGUUGUCCAAUAGCCUAGGGAUACCCAAAAUUUGGUUUUAUUUUCAUAGAGCAUUUAAUUUUGGUAAAACUGCCCCUUUUAAUGGUUCGUGGAAAAAAUGUCCGCAAGAAGCUUGAAUAAUGGCCAUUCCUCUGAAUUUUGUGCUGUUUAACAUGAAGCUCGACCUCCGAAAACAUCAACAGCGGAGUCCAUUCCAUUGAGAGAUGUUGCGGAAGCACCAAUCACUGUCAUCAACGGUCAUUCAAUAAUUUUCAGGGCUAAGCUCGUUAAACGGUUGUCAAUAUAACGUGCGUAUACUCCCUUUAGCCUGCUCCGCUGCGGAACCAACAUCAGAAGCAGGAGGCACCUGUGCAGAGGCUUUUUCAAAAUGGGAACCUUUACCGUUGUCACAAUUUAAUACUGAAAUUUGUCCAUUUUAUAUUUGACAGUAAUUCUAUAAAUCAAGGAGGGAAUAUUGAGAGGAGAGAUGUCGGAGAUGCUGCUGGUGUAAACUCGAAGCUUAGUGAUGUGCAGACUGCGAUUGAAUCACUGACUCACUCAGUAAACCACAUGUCAACUCAGCAACUAGUAAGUUCUUACGAGGUGAAGUCAGCGGACAAAACUCCCGCUUCUCUUGCCUAAGCCUCGCACGGAUAAUACGACCAUCUUCCAUUGAGCAAGAAAGAAAUCAUUCCUUAUAUCUACUUAGAACUUCAACUCACACUGUUUUUUUGUCCGAGCAUUGAAUUUCCUGGAAAGACACGUUCUCCCUCGAGUGCUAUCACACUUUUGAAGUCCCACCUUAUUAAUUAUGUACAUGCCAUCCGUGGUAGCUUCUGCAUAGUUGCUUGUGAUGCAGUUCUCUAUCGCAUUAAAUUUUCAUAGUGUGCAAAUCUCACCCGUGUACUGAUUUUUCCUUUUUGUUCUUUCCUUUUCAGAUGGGAGGCCAGGAAAAGAAAGAUUGCCCCCCUCCUCCUCCAAUGCCGCAAUGUAUAGGUCCUGGUUACUUUGUUGUUUUAAUUGUAUCUCAAGUUAUUAUGCUUGUUGGCUACAUCGCCUACCAGAAUCAAAAAGAGGCUGCAGCCAAGAAAUUCUUUUAG